AUUUGAAAGACGAGACAAGUGUGGUUGAGGUUCAUGCUGACAGCAAUCCUACAGUCAGAACCAGAUGAUUAAAAUCUUCAGCCUCUAAUUUUAACCUACCAGGUGGACCAAGAAGCAGAGUUAGCCAUGUCUGUGUCAGGCAGCCAAACUCCGAGGCGCUCAGACAUGCAGCGCAAGUUGAAGGAUCUUCUUCAUAGCGUGGAAAAAGCGCACAAAGCCGACAUCCAGACCUACAGCUCAGGUCACCUGGGUCCUAACAGCCUUACUCAUAAACCCCUCAACUGCAGGCCAUGCAGGCCCAUUUGGAAGUGUAAAGACACGAGCCCUUCUCACAUUCAGGAAAGAAGCAAACUGGAAGCCAAUGUAGAAGAAAUGAUUGGCACCAUGCACGGUUUCACCAUAGCCAACACGCUACAGGAUCCUAGGAUCCAGGAAAGGCCAGAAAGUUCCAGUGAGAAAUCGCUGACCACUAAUCUGAAGGGAGUUCUGCACAUGACAGAGCUGCAAAAAGCAAAGCAGGAAAGUUGGGCAGCGUCUGACAUGGUGGAACAGGACAGCUCCUGGUUCAUACACUCGCGUGAAGCUGAUCGACUGCACCUGAGGCAGUGCUUUGACACGCAGGUUUUAAGGACAAAACACCUGUACGCCAGGAAGUGUCUGAGUGGUAGAGAAGCAGCAAAGCGACAUGAGCGCAAGCUUCAGCAGGCACUGAGGAAACCUCCAGUCAGCGGAGGUUCCUGCCGAGAGCGCCUCGCAGUAUUUAGUGAUGUCUUUGAUGACGUCUGUGAUGGCUCACCUGCAUUCGGCAGCGUCCUCCGAGAAAUCAAGACAGAGUAUGAUUUGUACAUCAAGUCGCUCCUCUCUUCCCACUCACCUCUCCAGGAUAAGUUUGCAUGUACCCUCUUUGGAGACGCCACAGAAGCAACAGAGUUAAAGGAAGCAGCAAGGCAAGUGUUAUUACUGGAACAGGAAGUCAGGAGGGCUGUAGAGGAAAAUGACAGAGUCAGAACAGAGUAUGAAGCCAAAGCCCAAACAGACCACAAGGGAAAAGCAGAAGGGUCAGGAAACGGCGAUACCGGUCAGUGUGACGAGGAUGCGUUCUCAGGCGUGAAAGAAUGUGAACUUUCCAUCACUCGGGUGGAGGCGAAGAGACGGCAGGUGUGGAAAGUGUGGAAUGAAGUGCAGAUGCUUCAGAAAGACAUCAGAGAGACAAUGGUGUCCACAGUUACCACCAGCGCUCUCGAGAACUGCAUCAGAGACUCAGAAGAUGAAAUCAUGAACUUUGCUGCUUCAAAUGUGCUUCUCCAGAGAACCAAUAAGGAUAUCGAACAAAACAUCUCAAUGGUCCUGAGCAAAGCAAAAGUCAGUGAGGAUACAAAGACGCAGGUUUGGGAGGAGAUAUGGACCACACUGAAUGGAUAUCAUUAUGACACUCAAUUCAUAAAACUAACUGCUUUGUGACUGACUUCUGUUCAAACAUCUGUUACGGGUAAAACCGUUUUCACUCCUGAAUGACUGUCAAGUGUGGUAAGGUAGGACAGGAAGUGGUUUAUUAUUCUGUGUGCGCUGUUUUUCUGAGAAACUUUGGUCCUCUUCUGUAGCUGCUUUUUAAUUUUCCUGCUCCAGUUUACAUCUCAUCUCAUUAUCUGUAGCCGCUUUAUCCUUCUACAGGGUCGCAGGCAAGCUGGAGCCUAUCCCAGCUGACUACGGGCGAAAGGCGGGGU